AUGGGAAGCGCAGGUCGAGCUUGGAAUGCGGUUUCCACGGGAGAGUCGCAGCAGCACGGUGCACGGUGCAUUGCCGACCGGCAAGCGAUCUACGCAUCGGUGUGCGGAAGCCUGGGCUCUGGCGCUGCUUGGGGUCAAAUCGACCUGUUCCUGUUAAACCGCUGCGCCUGCCGCAGGCACCUGUGGGCGCUGCGGGUGGCGGAGGCAAAGCAGCUGCAGCGCCGCGAGCGGCGGCGGGCCGCCCGCCAGGCCGGAAAGCAGCACGGCCCUCUGGCGGCCGCAAGCGACAACGACGAUGGGGGCGACGUCACGGAUUCCGAGGAUGAGGGCAGCAGCGGGUCAGAGGAAGAUGACAGCGCGGACACCGACGCCCCGGCCGAGGCCAGCGGGCAUGGCGCAGGCGGCAGCGACGCGGCAGCUGCGGCGGACCCUGUGGAACCCGAGGAUGUGGAGGAGCAGGCCGCGCUGGCCGCACUGUGCGCGCGCCUCGCGCGCGCCCACCGCCUCGGCGGCCGCGUGUCGGCGGCGUUCGACGGGGACACCUUCAUUUUUGAGAAGCACGAGGGGCUGGACGCCGCGCCGGCCGAGGUCGACUUUGAGUCGCUGAGGGCCGAGAAGCGCCACAACGACUGCCGCGCGCUCCAGAUCGACCCGGAGCUCGCGGACCGCAAGCGCAGGGCGGCGGAGUUCAGAGGCGCGAGCGCGGCGCGGAGCCGGGGCCAGGGCCGGGGACGGCAGCCGUUUGGCCGGGGCGGGCGGGGGCGUGGGCAGCAGCGGAGGUAG